AAUUUUGACUCGGCGAGAUCUUACCAGGUCGUUCAAAACGUACGAUAAAGGAGUCGAUCGGAAAAAAAAAUCGGGCUUCGUUUUCUUCCACUUCUGGGUUCCGCCGUGAGAAGUAGAAUGUUGACAUUGUAAAUGUUGUUAGCAACUCUUUGGACUUGCCUGAUAUUGAUUCAGUGCCCCCUGUCAUUGGGAAACGCGGACAGUCUUUGCUACCGUUGGGAAGCGUUUAUUUUACGGCGAGGUCGACCCAAGUCCAAUUCAUGUCCAUGUGGAGAAGAAGGAAUCUCAGAAGACUCCACAACGUCUCUCCCCAAUGACUUGCAUAACCAGACGCAGUCAUAUGGGCACCCUCCUGAUACCGGGAAAACGCCACAGGCAAACCAAGAGAGUCCUCUGGAAACUGAGCCUGAGGCUGGUGAAGACUCAUACAAGAGCAGGAAUACCCGACCCUGGAUGGUGUUUAUUCAAAUCAACAUUGACCCGUCUCGAGGCCGGAUUGCGGUCUGCGGGGGAUCGUUGUUGAACCAUCGCUUUGUCCUCACUGCGGCCCAUUGCAUUUGCAAUCAAACCACGUGUCAGGUUGGUGCAGAUGAAACCUCGGAACUAAACUCUGGACAGCAACAUGAGCCAGGGACAAAGCGGAAUCCCAAGGCAGGUAUCCACGUGGAACAGCACCCACCACCCACGGUCGAACCCGAGCCAGGUCAACAGAAGGGGAGAAUGCACCCACUGUUCAAUAUUAAUGAGCGAUUCCAGAUCCAGAUCGGGGUCUCAAAUCGUUUGCUCUCGCAUCUCUAUCCCAAUCGUACUUACGGUGUCUCCCGAGUAGUCAUUCAUCCCAGUUAUCAAAUCUCGGACCUGGCAUCUCCCCAUGACCUAGCUCUCCUGCGAUUAGAUCGCUCUGUCGAGUUUAUCAAGCAUGUGAUUGCUCCCAUUUGUUUGCCUGGGGGGUCGGGCUUCGGGGCGGAGUCUGGCCCGGGACUGGCUUCUGUGGCCGGGUGGGGCGCCAAAGAGGACGCCGCGUGCUUAACCGAAUGGGGAGGUCCGUCCCCGUUCCAUCAGUGUAAGUUUCCCUUCGUCUUUGCCAACAACAUCUACUCGCAUUGUACUUUCGCCGAGAGUCCGAGCUUCAAGGACCCACUCUGCCAGGAAUUCUUCCGACAGCAAGAAGACGGCGACCUCGGGCACGUUCAUUAUGCUAAUAUCAAAAUCAAAUUGGCCAAUGACACGUUCCACAGUUGUUGGCAAGCCCCCCAAGCCACUUUUUCGGAUGCCCACCAUUGUCGAACAGGAGAAUAUGGUUGGUGUGGUGUAUGCUCGGAUGAUCAGCACUGUUCCGAGGUCAACGUCACCUCGAGUCAAGUGCAAUGGGGCUUUUGCGCCGCCAGUUGCACGGCCCAGUCCCAAGAUUCUCCCAAGGAAGUAUUCACAGACCACUUAAACGAGGUAACUGACCUGAGGGUCCUGGAAUCGGGCAAAUGCCAGGAAUUAGCCCAUAAAGAUCUCAAGUAUCACCCCGAGAACGACCUCUGCGCGGCGAGAAUUGAAACCCUGGACGGAGGCCACGAAGAACCCGUGUUUCGCAUGGGCCUUACCGAAUCAGGUCAACUCCGUUUCCAACGGGACAAGGCCAUUUGGGUUCCACCCCGGUACUUUUAUGGGGGUGGUGACGCCUGCUCCGGGGACAGUGGCUCACCUUUAUGGAAAUGGGUCGGGUCCAAUCCAUCUCGGGCCGUCAUCAUUGGCGUGGUGAGUCGUGGGGUUGGGUGUGCUCGGUUUAAUCGGCCCGGGAUCUACACCCGAGUUCGAGCUUAUCGCUCCUGGAUCCAGGCCAACAUCAAAGAGGGCGAUUGCUCGCCAAAGCGAUUGCGAAAAUUUAUCGUUCAAGUUCAGGACGUGAUGCCCAAUCAUGGAGCGGAAAAUGAGGAAUAAAAAAAAGCAUGAUUUGCACCCACCA